AUGGAAACCACUAACGCCCCGCUCCGUGCAUCUUGUGAUAGAUGCCGGGCCCAGAAGCUCCGUUGUGUUCCAUCAUCAAGUACGGAUUCGACGGUGCCUUGUAUGCGGUGCUUGAGGUUAAAAACUCCGGUCAUGUGUACAUUUAGCCAGCGAUUGCAGAUGAGACGAAGCAGGAAAAAUACUAGUGACAGCGACUCUGAGACUCGGCCUUCUCACCGUAAGGAAAAAGAAAAGCCAUCUUUGCCGGGGAUGGGUACAUUUGUAUUGCCCGGGCCUCCGUCUCCUGAAUCACAUCAACCUCUUCCUUCACCGAAAAUUAACGCCAAAGAAUGCACACCCGAGACCGACGUUGACACGCCGAUGGUCACCCCGGAACAGGAAAUCUCGGAUUUCUGGUCACAUGAGUCGGCCUUAUUUCAAGUUAACGAUCCCCCUGAAUCGGUAGACGGUGCAGUGGGCGGCUUACCAGGGUACUACAAUUUCGAUAUGACCAGCAUAGACACACCGGAGUUUCUAUCUGAAUUGAUCGGUGUCUCUGAUGCCAUUCCAGCCACCAUGGACUUCAGAUUCGACAUAGAAAAACUGACAGAUGAAAAAAUCGCUAAUCCCCUUGUUGAUCUCAGCGGGCUACUGGCUGAAAUGUCAAGUUACGGCAAUCGAUUGCAUGAGUUAGCUAGUUGGGAUCGCGACAACUAUCCGAUUGGAGACGCAGUGUUACUAUGCCAGCGGUUCCACACCAUUCUCUUCAGCUACGCUUGUUCUGAUGCAACUACUGCAGUCCAGAAUAAGGAUAUGCCUACCAAUCUUCUUAUAAUAUCAUGCUACAUAAUCCUUACGGAGAUAUACUCUUCCGUAUUUGGCUACAUAAUAGAGCACAUCGAGCGAAUGCGUGAGCUCCAUAAGUCGGCCCACAAAGAGCUGGCUCCAUCUCUAAAUUAUCCAUUUAUGGGAGACAUACAUGCAUAUCGAGGACUUAGUCUCAGCCAAUUGCGGCCCGUCUGUGUAUGCGGGGGAUGGGAGCCUGAAAAAAAGGUGUUAUCAAUGCUAUGCAAUUCUCUCGGCGGUGUCGAAGGAUUGCUAGGACUCCCGCUUGAAGCGAGGGUGAUCUCUCAGGGAGAACAGGAAAAGAGCGAGAAUAACCGGGACACUAACGCACUAGAGGAAGAUGAGGUGAAGAAACCAACGAUAGGCCUACCAGAGGAUAGGUUGCUAGUUGGGUUCUCACAUGUCCACUUAUGCAAAAAGAUGAAGGAGCAGGCGCAAAGUCUGCGGGAAAAGAUCAUAAAGAUCAACCAGUUACUGGCUUAG